AUUGUUUUUACCUGGGUUAAAGAAAAGAACAAUAAUUUGACCAGUCUUUGACCUGUUAUGAAAGCAUUCUUACUAGUUAAUUAAAAGUUUAUAACCAUCUAUUUAUUUUCGUAUUUUAGAAGAUACUAUUUAUAAAAUGUUACAUCUAAUGAUUAUGAGGACUUUACCAAAGAACAUCACAUUAAUCCAUCUUAGGGCACUAAACACAUGUCAGUCUUUAUUGAAUCAAAAGCAAACGAACAUAAAUGCCAAUGUACCAGGCCUUAGCGAAAAGUGCUACAAACUUCCUUCGACACCCGUGGGACCAAACGCAUCCAAAGAUAAAGAGUAUAAAAAUCCAGAGUACUUUUGUUAUCAUCUAGAUUCAUUCGCAGAGGCCGAAGUGGAAUUAGCAAAGUUUAGAUUACCAGCACCUUCUAACAAAGUUCCUUUCAAACAAUGAACAAUAAUUAUUUAAAUCUAUCAAACAAAUUUUAUUGUCAACAAUCAGGAAUAAUAA